AUGAGUGAUAAGAUAAUUGCUGCUGAUCAACUUGCUUUCAUAUUGAAUAAAUAUUCGUUAGGUGAAUUGGCAUCGCCCAUCGAACGAUUAACAAAUGGAUGGACAAAUUUAACACUCAGAUUUAGUACAAAACCUGAUGGAAAACUCUAUAUUCUUCGUGAAUAUCUUCCAGGAACACUAAGAAAAAUAUCUUUGGAAAAUAUUAAAUUUGAAUUAGAUUUUAUUGCUUAUCUGUUCAAUGAGCUUAAUCUUCCUGUGGCACCUAUGAUUGAUCCACCUGGAAUUUUUGCACAUAAUAAUGAAAACUAUUGUGUUCUUUUUCCAUUUAUUCAUGGAAUUAAAUAUUUAGAUACACCUGAAACACCUGUUCGUCAAUUAUGGCAAACAUUAGAAAUUAGUCAGUUUCUUGGUCGAAUGCAUUCAAAUAUUAAAACGAAAAAAUUCAAACUCGUUUCAUCAAAUCGAUGUGCGGUUAAUUUUAUUAAUGUUAAAUAUGAACUUGUUCAUUCAUGUGAAGAAUUUGAAGAAGAAUAUCCAGAUUUAUAUAAACGAAUACGCCUGAUAACUGAUCUGCAUACGAAAUCAAUUCCUUUAAUUAGUGAUGAAGACGAGCAAGAUAUUUUUGAAAAAAAUCUCGUAAAAAAUUUGCCUAUUGGUUAUAUUCAUGCUGAUAUUCAUGAUGACAAUGUUCUCUUUUCUGCAAACGAAAACAAACUUGCUGCUGUACUUGAUUUUGAUGACAUGUAUGUCGGUCCAUUAUUAAUUGAUUUAGCUUUAACCUUAUGUUUAUGGUGUGGAGUUGGAUCAAUAUUUAAUUUUGAAUAUGCAAGAGAAUUUUUAUUUACUUAUCAAAAUGCAAGAGAAAUGUUAUUAACAGAUGAUGAAUGGAAUUUAUUAGAAACCUUUUGUUAUUUGACUAUAUUUAAUCAAAUAUUAUUUGUCAUUGAAGCUGAGCAAUUUGCAAAACCAAUUGAGAAUAUGAUAAAUGAAUUGCUUUUGCCCAUUGAACAUAUUGCAAAAGAAAAUAUGUUUUUAGCAAAAGUUCGACAAAUAAAAUGA